AUGCUGGCCCUCCGCGAUCAAGAGAACCUGGUGCACGCUCAUCAGACCGUUGCCGCAUCCAAACCUCUGAACCAAGGUGUCAAACAACUACAGCCCAAAACCCCGGGGGCACGCGCACCGAAGACACCAUUCAAAGUCCCAUUGAACGAUGAAAAUGACCCACUGGCGUUUGGAAAGAAAACGGUGAAGGGAGCUGGUAAACAGAAUGGAGCUGCGAAACCGUCUGUCAAGGAUGCUUUUGUAACUCCAAUGGAUGCGAUAGCAGAGACCCGUCAACGCGCCCCGUUAGGCAUGAAAACAACCAAUGCGAAAGCUCGUGGUUUACAGACCCCUGCGCCUCCCGCUGGUACUGUCAAGCCAGAGAAGACAGGCAAAAGGGCCUCCACACAAAGAGUGAAAAAGUUUGCUCCACUGGUGGAGCAAAGCAAGGCCGAGGUACAGGAUAAACCAGCUGAAGACGAUGUUCCCGAGAUUGAAUACAUGCCCCCGAAGCCGAAAGCCGAGGAACUUGGCGUUGGGCUUAGAAACGGUUUAUGGACAUACUGA